GUUAACGUCGGAAUAUUCUUUUACUGUAUUUUUUUUUCCUUCUUUUGAAAUUUUAAUGUUGUCCUCGAGAAAAAAAAAAAAAUUGUUUACUUUUUAGUGGUAGUGCUCUGUUUAGAGGCUGAGAAAAUGUGGAAAAUUAUUAGAUAAUUUAGGGCUUUCGAAUCUUCAAGUUACCCCUUCAUGGGAUCUGAGAAAGUAAGAGACUUCAAUCUAGUAUGGUUGUUUCGAUGAGUUUUUGAAAAACCCAGGCGUAAACUGAUUUCUCGUAAGAUCUUAUUUUCUGUUACUUUGCUUCAGAUUUGAGAAUCUCCUCUCUUCUUCCACCCUGCCUCGAAUUGGGAAUUCAAAAAAUGAUUAUUGCUUCUUGUCAGAAUAUUCGAAAAUUAAUGUAGAUGUUUACUUGGACCGCUUGACCAUCUAUAUCUUUUUUCAGCUUCCACUCCUAAUGAGUAAUUUAGGGCUUUUAAAGGAUUUUGGUGGCGGCAGAGCGAGGGUCUGGGUUGACUUAAAACUUUUCACUGAGAUAUUUCUCUGAGAUAUACAAGGGUCGAUGGUUGUUUAUUACAAACUUUAUUUGUUUGGUUUUUACUGUCCUUUUCAUUUCCAGAGCUAUUAAGGUUCAGAAAUCACUCUUGUUAACAUGUUCUUCUAGAUUGUUGUAGUUUUAUAUUUUUGAUAAAUCAUCAUAAGCUGGUUGCCUUAGAUUGAUUUCCCUUGUUUUGGUUACAUUGGUAAUUUCUGGAUUGUUGUAAUAUGGGAGCCGGUUUAGGUUUAUAUGUCAAUUUUUUGUUGGACUAGGAUGGAUGGGGAAGUGGUUAUAAUUUCUACUUUCUCGGGGAUCUUUCAUGAUGAACCAUGUCAUGAAUCGUCUCUUUGGUUAAGAUUGAGUUUAAAGGGGUUUGUGCUUGCAGAGGUUCAUUUUCGAAGACAAAAUGUAUGGCUUCCUUGCUACAGUACACAAGGGUAUGAUUCCUAAUUACUUUCCUGUUUGAAUUCGGUUGGUUGAUGGGGGCUGUUCCAGCAAACAAUGAUGAUGUUCGGGGUAGAGGGUUGGUUGAACAAAAUAGCCAUAUAAGUUGUGAUCAAAUGCAAGUGACUAAUGAGGUAGUUGGUGAAGGCCAAGGUUUGCAAUCGUUAGAGGAAGAUGAGUUGAGAAUUAAUGGGGUAAGUCAAGAAGUAAGCAAUGGGCCCAGGGCUUUGAUUCAGGUUCACGAUGGGUCUCAGAUACUGCAACAACAGCCUCAAGGACCUAUUAUAUGUUGGGAGAGGUUUCUUCCUAUCAGAUCUUUGAAGGUUCUGCUAGUGGAAAAUGAUGAUUCUACACGCCAGGUUGUCAGUGCCCUGCUUCGAAACUGCAGCUAUGAAGUCACUGCUGUUGCUAAUGGUAUCCAAGCAUGGAAAAUCUUAGAAGAUCCAACUAAUCAUAUAGAUCUCAUCCUAACAGAGGUUGUCAUGCCUGUUUUAUCUGGAAUUGGACUUUUAUGCAAGAUUAUGAGUCACAAAAGUCUAAAGAAUAUUCCUGUGAUUAUGAUGUCAUCCCAUGAUUCAAUGGGUAUAGUCUUUAAGUGUCUCUCAAAAGGUGCAGUUGAUUUUUUAGCAAAACCAAUUCGGAAAAAUGAACUUAAAAACCUCUGGCAGCAUGUUUGGAGGAGAUGCCACAGCUCUAGUGGCAGCGGGAGUGAAAGUGGGACACAAACAAGAAAAUCAGAAAGUGAUGAUGGGUCUGAUAAUAAUUCUGGCAGCAGUGAUGAGCAUGAUAAUGGAAGUAAUGGACUAAGUCGGGAUGGAAGCGACAAUGGAAGUGGAACUCAGAGUUCGUGGACCAAAAGGGCAGCUGAAGUUGAAAGUCCCCAACCAAUGUCACCUCCAGAUCAAAUAGCUGAUGGUCCUGAUAGCACCUGUGCCCAGGUGAUUCAUACAAAGCCUGAAAAAUUUAGCAACAGGUGGGUGCAUGUUACUGAAACAAAAGAGUACCCUGAACAGGAUGAGCAACAUGACAAUGUUGCAUUUGGUAAAAACAUGGAAACAGGAGUAUCUAAAGAUCCAGAUUCAAGACAUGAAUUUCAACAUGAGAUGUUGUCUAUCCAUCCAAGUAGUAGAAGCCAGAAUAUUUUGCCUAACGUAGACAGUAAGCCAUUUGAUAGCGAUAAGUCAAAGCACAACAGUGAGAAUGCUAUCAGCAAGCCAGAAAACCCAUCUUCCAAUAUGGUUAGUGCAGUUGUCAAUUCUACUUAUCCCGAGGCUGAAAGCAGAGACUUUGACACUCCAAAUGGCCUUUCUGAUGUGUCACAAACCAAAGCACAUUAUGAUUCUAGACAACUGCCGUCCCUUGUACUAACUUUGAAGAGGAUGAGAGAGGAUGUUGAAAAUGUUGCACAUGAUGACCGCAAUGUUCUUAGACAUUCAGAUCUGUCAGCAUUCUCAAAAUACAAUACUGCCUCUUCUGUUAAUAGGGCUCAUACAGGGAAUGUUGGGAGCUGUUCUCCAUUUGAUGAUAAUUCAGCCAUGCAGAAUACGGAGGCAACACACAAUUUUCAUUCUCAUUCAAGUGGCAAUCUGCCAAAUCAGCAUUCUAAUGGGAGUAGCAACAACAAUGAUUUGGCCUCCAAAGAUAAAUGUGUUAUUCCCAAACUAGAAGUCUACGAUGAGAAGCCAGAGUCCAUGUCAGCAUUCAAAUCUUUUCAUUCCUCCACAUUCCAAUCUGUGCAGAAUACACCUGGGAAGGCAACUAAUGUGGAAGUUAGCAAGGUUCAAGCCGAAACAAGAGGCUCAAAACAGCAGGUCCAGGUCCAGCACCACCACCACCACCAUCACCAUUAUCAUCAUCAUGUUCACAACUUGCAGCAGCAUCAACUACAGCAAGACCACAGUGAUGUCUCCCAGAAGAAUAUGGCUGGAGCUUCUCAACAAUGUGGAUCAUCGAAUGCGUUAGGAGGGCCUGUUGAAAGUAAUGCAGGAAACUAUAGUGUGAAUGGAAGCGCUUCCGGAAGUAACUUUGGCAGCAAUGGACAGAACGGAAGCAGCACUGCCUUGAAUGCUGGAGUAACAAACGUAGAAAGUGAAAAUGGGGCAGCUGGAAACAUUGGAGCUGGGGCAAUUAGUGGGAAAAAUAGUGGGAAUGGAUCAGAUGAAGAACGAGUGGCACACAGAGAGGCUGCACUAUACAAAUUUCGUCAGAAAAGGAAGGAGAGAUGCUUUGAAAAGAGGGUUCGAUACCAAAGCAGGAAAAAACUGGCAGAACAACGGCCCCGUAUCAGGGGACAAUUUGUUAAACAAACAAGUUCUGACAAUAAGGCAGGACUAGACUGUCAGAGCAAAGACCAUGUAUCUGGGGAUAAUUCUUCUGACAGUUUACAAUAACAAGAGCUGGAGGGCAGAUUUCUAACCCUUGUUUUGGACAAUCAUUCUAGGUUUGUGUACAUGAGACUAUCACUAGAUUGGAAUGUAAGGAAAUGAGUGUUAGAUUGGCUCUAGAAGGUUUUUUUGGGUUGCGGUAUUACUUAUCUUUGUGAAAAUGAACAUUUGAUUGAGAACUUAAGAACGUGCUUGCAGCCUUUAUUUUGUGUUUGUGUAAUUUGAUGGAUUUCUGGGAAGGGUUACCCUUUUAUGCAGGUUAAACUUUCCACGAAAUAAAGCUGUUUUUAGAGUACAA